AUGUUUCCUGGCUUUAUACAAGCAACAAUUUUAGCUGUUAUUGUUAUUCUUACUCAUACAACUAAACAUAUACAUUGCGAUGACGAGGCAUCAAAGGUAGACGAUAGUUAUGUUCUUUCAUUAACGAAAGAUACAUUUGAUGAUGCUGUUAAAAAUAAUAAAUAUUUACUUGUUAAAUUCGUUGCACCAUGGUGUGGUCAUUGUAAAACUUUAGCACCAGCUUAUGCUGCAGCUGCUAAAAAACUAGCAGAAUCUGGUAGUGAAGUAAAAUUAGCUACUGUUGAUGCAACAAUUGACGGUGAUCUUGCAAAACAAUAUGAGGUUCAAGGAUAUCCAACAUUGAAAUUUUUUCGUGAGGGUACAACACUUGAAUAUAAUGGUGGUCGAUCAGAAAGUGAAAUACUUGGUUGGUUAAAAAAGAAAACAGGACCUCCAGCUGAUGAAUUAAAAACAGUUGAUGACCUUAAUAAAUUAAAAGAAUCUGAUGCGGUUGUUGUUAUUGGUGCUUUCAAGGAUACUGAGGGUGAUAAUGCUAUGGCUUUUCUUCAAGUUGCUAAAAGUAUGGAUGGUAUGCCAUUUGGUAUUACAUCAAAUAGUGAUGUUCUUAAAGAACUUCAAGUUAAAGAUGAUACAGUUGUUCUUUUGAAAAAAUUUGAUGAAGGUCGUAAUGAUCUUACAUCAUCAAUUAAUGAAGAUUCAAUUCGUGAAUUUAUUCUAGCUAAUCAACUUCCAAUUGUUAUUGAUUUUAGUGCAGAAACAGCUCAACAGAUCUUUGGCGGUGAUAUUAAAGUUCAUACUAUUUUAUUUGAUAGUAAAAAAAGUGAUGCUUAUGAAAAAAAUCGUCAAGAAUUGCAAACAACUGCAAAAGAAUUUCGUGGAAAAACAGUUUUUGUUUUUGUUGAUUCGGAUGCGGCUGAUAAUGAACGUGUACUUGAAUACUUUGGUCUUAAAGCUUCAGAUGUUCCAGUUGUACGUUUAAUUACAUUACAAGAUGAAAUGCGCAAAUAUAAACCAGAAUCAUCUGAUGUAACAUCAGAAUUAUUAACAAAAUUUGUUCGUGACUUUCAUGAUGGUAAACUCAAACCACAUUUACUUUCACAAGAAAUUCCAGAAGAUUGGGAUAAGGCUCCAGUGAAAAUUUUAGUUGGAAAAAAUUUUCAUGAAGUUGCAAAAGAUAAAAAAAAAACUGUACUUGUUACAUUUAUUGCUCCAUGGUGCGGUCAUUGCAAACAGUUAACACCAAUUUAUGAAGAAUUAGGUGAAAAAUAUAAAGAUAAUUCAGAUGUUGUUGUUGCUAAAAUGGAUGCUACUGUUAAUGAACUUGAAGAUAUAAAAAUUCAAAGCUUUCCAACAAUUAACCUUUUUCCAAAAGAUUCCGAUGAAGCUAUUGAAUAUAAUGGUCCACGUACAGUUGAAGGCCUAUCAAAAUUUAUUGAUUCAAAUGGUCAAGACAGUGGUAAAGAUGAAACUAGUGAUAAGGCUUCUGAACAAGGUGACGAAGGUGUUGAAGGAGAAGAAGAACAACCGCAUGUGGAGCUAUAA